AUGCUCUACACACUCGACACCCUGCCCAGCCCGAUCACUCUGCCCAUCCUCGGGAGCAUGCUCGAGGUCGAUACCGGACACGUCGUCGCGAGCUUUCGCAGGUUGGCGCGUGCUCACGGCCCGAUCUUCCGCCUCACGUUGCCCAGCGAUCGCAUUCACAUCGUGAGUUCACAUGCGCUGGCAAAAGAACUCUCUGAUACGACGCGGUUUCAAAAAGCGUUGAGCGCGCCGCUGGUGGAGCUUCGGAUGCUCGGCGGCGAUGGCCUCUUCACCGCCUACAACCACGAACCAAACUGGGCCAAGGCGCACCGCCUGCUCAUGCCCGCUUUUGGCACCAUGGCGCUCCCUGACUACUUCGAGCCGAUGCUCGACAUCAUCGAACAAAUGCUCACGCGUUGGGAGCGCUUCGGACCUGAAGAGGUUCACGACGUACCCGAUCAAUGGACGCGUCUGACGCUCGACACGCUCGCGCUCUGCGCGUUCAACUUCCGCUUCAACUCGUUUUAUCAGGAGGGGCAGCACGAAUUCGUCGACGCCAUGCUCGAGAGCCUCAUCGAAUCCUCGGCGAGGACCAAGCGCCCGGCUGUCCUCAACAGCGCGCUGGUUCACAGGCAGCGAGCCCUCGACGAAGCGCUCGAUGUGAUCCAACGCACCACCGAAGAGGUCGUCCAAAAGCGUAAGGCGAUGCACGCACGCGGCGAACAAACACCACAAGAUUUGCUCGAACGUAUGCUCGUGAGCGCUGAUCCUGUGACCGGCGAAAAGCUCAGCGAUGAGAACAUCCGACACCAGCUCGUGACCUUCCUCAUCGCUGGCCAUGAAACCACGAGCGGCCUCCUCUCUUAUGCCACGCACUACCUGCUCGAUAACCCCGUCGCGAUGAAGAGGCUUCGCGAUGAGGUCGACGAGAUCCUCGAAGACCGCAUCCCCAUCUUCUCGGAUGUCGCCAAGCUGACCUACACAGAACAGGUCCUGCGCGAGUCCUUGCGCCUCUCUCCGACCGCUCCCGCCUUCGGCGUAGAAGCGAUCGAGGACACCACGCUCGCCGGCAAAUGGGAGGUCCCCGCAGGGAGCAAAUUCUUGCUCCUGCUCCCUGAAAUCCACCGAGAUCCCAGGUUCGCCAUGCAGGAGGCCAAGCUCGCGCUCUCGAUGCUCGUGCAACGCUUUGACCUCGAGCGCCCUGCCCCGUACACACUCCACGAAAAAGAGGCGCUCACGACAAAACCCGCCGAUCUCUACGUGCGCGCCAAAAAACGCCGCGACGUCGUGCAAAGAAACACCAGCACCUCGACAGGCGCACUCCAGGCGGACAAGCGUGAAGAAACCGAAAUCACUGAUGCCCAUCAAACGCCGCUGCUGGUGCUUUUUGGCUCGAGCGCGGGAUCGGCAGAAGCGGUCGCCAGAAAGCUCGCCGCCACGGGCGCAGCGCGGGGUUGGGACGCGUCGGCAAAAUCACUCGACGCCCAAACAGGCGAACUCCCGGACCAGGGCGCCGUCAUCCUCGUCUCGGCGUCCUACAACGGCAACCCGCCAGACAACGCGCGAACCUUUGUCUCGUGGCUAAAACAACAGCCCGAGGGCGCGUUCGAGAACACUCGAUUUGCCGUCCUCGGCUGCGGGCAUCGCGACUGGGCUUCGACCUAUCAGGCGAUCCCGAAACUCCUCGAUUCAGAGUUCGAGCGAUGCGGCGCCACGCGCAUCACACCAAGAGAGAAUCCACCCGAGCUCGUCGCCAGAGCGGCGCGCGUGCUUCACGUGAAACAAAAUGAUGUGGUGGUGGUUCGCGCGCCGAUGGCGGAUGCAUCGCUGCCCACCGAGCAGCCAAUUUCUGUCGGCGAGUUGCUGGCAAGACAUGUCGAACUCGCCGCACCAGCGACGCGCUCGGAUGUCGCCAGGUUGGCAAAAAACAACGCAUGUCCGCCGCACCAGGCCGAGCUCGAUCGUCUGGCCAAUGAUGAGCGAGCCUAUCAAGACGAGGUCUUCUCGAAGCGAUUAUCACUGGUCGAGCUCCUCGAGAGGUUCCCUGCGAGCGCUGUUUCAUUCGCCAACGCGCUCGAGAUGCUGCCUGCCAUGCGUCGAAGGCGCUAUUCGAUCGCGUCCUCGCCAACGCAGUCCUCCUCGCAGUGUAGCCUGACCGUGUCUGUGCUCGACGCGCCAGCGUGGUCUGGGGAAGGUCGCCACAAGGGGAUCGCGUCGAACUACCUGGCAAAGACCGAACCUGGCGACAAACUCACCUUGCUGCUCGAGCGACCCACAAAGCCUUUCUAUCCGCCAGAGGAUCACGCGACGCCGAUGAUUCUCAUCGGCGCUGGCUCGGGGAUCGCGCCGUUUCGCGGCUUCCUGCAAGAGCUCGCGCACCGCGGCGAGGGGCGCGCCCUGCUCUUCUUCGGGUGUGACCACCCCGAGGUCGACUUCCUCUAUCAUCAGGAGUGGGAGCCGAUGGUCGAACACGGUUUGCUCGAAGUCUUCCCCGCCUUCUCUGAAGGACCAGACGAGGAACAUCGCUUCGUCCAACACGCCGUCUGGCGUGCCAGAGAGAGGGUUCGUGCUCUUGUCGAUGAAGGCGCUGUGGUAUACGUCUGCGGUGAUGGGCGCCACAUGGAGCCCGCAGUCUACGAAACCCUGGUGUCAUCGAAAGCCAAGAGCACGAGCGACCAGGAUGGCAAGGAGCGCUUGCUCCAGGCCGCGAUCGAAUCCUUCUCGGCGGUGGGCUACGAUGGCACCUCGACCACCAAGCUCGCGCGCGCGGCAAAGGUCGCGCAGCCGCUGGUUUACCAUCACUUUGGCUCGAAAGAAGACCUCUGGAAAGCCGCGAUGAACCGCGUCUUCGGUGAGAUUCGCGUGGUGACAGCGCUCGAUCCUGACCUCCCACCACACGAAGCGCUGCUGGCGAGCUUCGAGAAGUUCCUGCGCUUUAGCGCGGAACAUCCCCACGUCUCUCGCCUCGUCAAUCACGAGGCGACCUCGCCAUCCCCGCGACUCACAUGGCUGAUCGACACGCACCUGCGCGAUCAAUACGAGGCCGUGAUUUCCAUCUUCAAGCUCGGGCAGCAACAGGGCACGCUGGAUAAAGCGAUCCGCCCCGAGCUGCUGCUCUUCUACGUGCUUGGCGCCUCGCACAACUUCUUCAACGUCGCGCCGAUGGCUCAGGAAGCGCUCGGGCUCGACCCGUUUGGCGAUGACCUCGAGCCCUUUAUCAAGAUGGCGGUGGAUACGCUGGCCAAGGGAUUGAUCACGCACGACGAGUGA